GUUUUAAAAAAUGGCAGAGGGUGGUAGCAGAAAACGAACCUCACUUACUCAAGAUGAAGCUGAAACAUCUCACAGUCAGAAGAGUCACAGUGAUGCUUCUCAUGAUGAAUAUGAAUCUCCUGAUGAAGGAAGCAUCCACAGGGCCCCAAAGUUCACAGAUGAUGAAACAGACACCCUCAUUGACCAAGUUAUUCAUCAUACAUGUCAGCUAUUUGGUCCCGAAGCUUUUAAUGUACACCAGAAAUUUAAAAAUAAUACUUGGGAAGAAAUAGCAAAAUCUGUGUCUACAGCUCGAGAUAUACAUCGAACUCCUGAAAGCUGCAAAAAGAGACUACGUGACUGUAAGAGGAAGACAAAUCAUAAAAUAAAGUGUAGAAGAAAACUCCAAAAGGUUUGGGAGAAAAAACUAGAAGAGCACUUUAGAAUGGUACAAGAUGACGAGAGGCCACCCACUGGUUCCCAGGAACUUAAGGUUGCUCAAGAAAAAAAUCAAAAGAAAACACAUAAGAAAAAGCAGAAGAAUUUGGAAGAGCAACAGUCUGGUUCCUUUACAACAAUUUCAAGGAAAGUUUCUUUUUCUGAAACAAAAACAGUUAUGACAGACAAUUUUCCUUCAACUGCGGAUGAACCAUCAGUGAUGCCACAUAUUUUAACAUUGGACAAUCCUUCCAUGGUGGACGAACCAUCAAUGCUGCAUCAUGAUGCAACAGCGGACCAUGCUACCAUGUUGGACCAACCAUCAAUGCUGCAACAUACUUCGACAGUGGAUGAUACUUCCUUUGUGGCCGAACCAUCAAUGCUGAAACAUUCGGCAAGAGUGGAUGAUCAUUCCACGGUGGACCAAACAUCAAUGAUGCAAGAAUAUUCUUCUGUGGUUCACAGUUCCACUACGGUAGAGACUUCCACUGUAAAUGAAACAUCCAUGAGGCAAGAACAAUCAACAAUGGAUGAUCCUUUCAUGGAGGAUGAAAAUUCAACCAUGCUAAACCCUUUAAUGUUAGAUAAAGGUAUUUAUUUUAAUCAAUAUAAAUAAAAUUUACUAUCAUUGAUAUUCAAUAUGGUUAA